GGCUGUCAUUUGGGUUCAAGCCUUUCAUCUCCUUCCUACUUAACCUUGGAGUACAGGGCGUUGAAGAAUUGUCCCCUGUUUUGAAAUCCCAAAAGAAUCUCUUCCUCAAAUUCCUAAAGAAAUGCUUUCGACGAAAUCCGAGUCCGAUAUAACCAGUUUGGCGCCAUCGUCUCCGUCGAGGUCACCGAAGCGGCCGACAUACUAUGUGCAGAGUCCUUCAAGGUGUUCUAACGAUGGUGACAAAUCUUCAUCACUGCACACCACUCCAAUUUACAACAACAGCCCAAUUGAGUCACCGUCGCACCCGUCGUUCGGUCGCCAUUCAAGAAACUCAUCGGCGAGCCGAUUUUCGGGGAUUUUCCAGUCAUCUUCAGGGAGAAAAGGGAGCAAGAAGCAGAUGAUUAGCAAUGACAAAGGGUGGCCGGAAUGUAAUGUGAUCAUGGAAGAAGGGCCUUAUGAUGACCUUGAGGACAAGGCUCUUUCAAGACGCUUUCAGGCCAUAAUUGCUCUUCUAAGCUUCAUUGCUUUGUUCAUGCUUCUCUGCCUCAUCAUUUGGGGUGCUACCAGGAGCUUCAAGGCUCAGAUUUCUGUCAAGAGCUUGGCUGUGCAUAACUUUUAUGUUGGGGAAGGUUCAGAUUCAACUGGGGUUCCUACCAAGUUGCUGACAUUGAACAGCACUUUGAGGUUAAGUGUGUAUAACCCUGCUACCGUAUUUGGCAUUCAUGUUACUUCCACAGCAGUUGAUCUCCUUUAUUCAGAUAUUGUUGUGGCCUCUGGUCAGUUGAAAUACUAUCAGCCAAGAAACAGCCACCGAACAGUAUCUAUCAACUUGGAAGGAAUCAAGGUUCCAAUGUAUGGAGCUGCAUCAACUUUGACUGUUUCCCCUACAAGUGGCCCAGUUCCAAUGAUAUUGGCAUUCAAAGUUCGAUCACGAGGAUACGUCGUUGGGCAGCUCGUAAGAACAACACAUAUAAAGAAAAUCUCUUGCCCUGUGGGCAUUGAUUCUACCAGCACCAAGGCCAUCAUGUUCAAGAAGAGUUCAUGCACAUAUGAGUGACUAUGUUCACACUUUCGCCCCGAGGAUCGUAUCGAUCCAUUCGUCUGUUUGUGAACGAAUUCUAUAAGAAAUUCUUCUGCAGAUUACUUUUUUGUUGGUUUGUGCAGAGAUACCUGAGUAUGAGUAAAGAGUGGUUACCUUUGUAAAGCUUCA